AAUGAAUGAACAAAGAAAAGAAAAUGGAGUAGCCACUAGCCAGUGUUUGUGAGUUAGACGCUGAUUUUAUCUAAAGCAAUUUAUUUCAGAUCUUGUUAUCAACAAAUCUUUCGUCCCAAUCAUUUGGGUACAUUUAUACAUAUUUUGAGGUGACAGUAUUCCCUGAGACCAAGAUGGCCGAUUUCGAAGAUAGAGGGAGAGAUGACCGGAGACAGAUUUGUCGAGACUUCCUCAGAAAUGUAUGUAACCGAGGCCGUGACUGUAAAUAUUUGCAUCCAGAUCAAAGGGAAAAAGAUUAUGGCAUGCGAUCCAAAAUAUUAACAUUUUGUCAUGAUUAUCAAAAUGGCAAGUGUCUCAGAUAUCCAUGCAAAUUUUUACACUGUUCAGACGAAGAGGAAGAGCAUUAUAAGCAAACAGGAGAACUUCCUAAUAGGAUCCUUGACGAACCUUGGAACAAAUGGGUCGCUGCUGAACUGUUAUCAGUUAAAAUGGGAGAAACAACACCUGUAUGUAAAGACUAUAUAAAUGGGGAUUGUACCAGAAGAAAUUGUAGGUUCCGUCAUAUAUCAUUGAGAGAACUUGAAGCGCUUAAUAACAAUCGCAACCACCAGAGAUUGCCUCCUGCGCGUCAAUCGUAUAUUGAUGAAGAGCCUAUGUACCGUAGGCGAGACGAUAGAACAAGGCCUGUUCUCGACGAUUACGAGCCAGUCUACAAGCGUAGGCGAUUAGCAGAACCAACUUACAACAGCUACCCUAAUAAUGGGCAAAUGCGAUCGGAUAGGGCGAUGUACGUUUUGGAAGAAGAAAACGCAAUUUUAAGACAGCGGGUUGCAGAACUGAAGAAGCGAGUGGACGAUUUGCAAGCGACCAAUGAGUUUUUACUGGAGCAAAAUGCACAGAUGAGAUUGAAUGAUAAGGGCGCAGCGAGCUUGACCGCUGUCACAGUACCAGCAGUGACCAUUACCAACACUGCACAGAUGCAGCCUGCGCAGGCUCCAAACCACCAGGUGAUGAACGCAGCGAUUCGCACAGUGACUGCAAGCGUUGCCACAGUGCCUGUUUCCAUUGCCGCAGUCGCUGGCACGCCGUGCUCCAUCGCUACCGUGUCUAUGGCGCCUGUACAGAUCCCACCGGCCGUGGUGACGAUGGCACAACAACCCAGCGGACAAAAUCCAUCCAUGUCCAUGAGCGAACCCCCCGGACCCCUUGUCUCCUACCCUAUAAUGACCAGACCAGUCCUGCAACCCAACAUAUCUCAUUAGGACUCAGGCAUGUGACGCAGAAAAAACUUACACAUUCUUACUACCUGAGCCAGAAAUGACCAAAGACAUUUUGGCUAGAUUUGUGAGAAAAAAUUUAAGUGUUCUAAGGGUAUGUGUGAAAGUGGAUGUUUUGUGUGCUACUCAAUUUUCAAACGUCAUUUUAAAGUACAUUAUUCUGUACAUAGUAUGGGAUUACCUUUGUAAAGUCUAUAUACUAUAUAGUAUACAGACUUCUGGUGUUUUUUUUUCUUGGCACAUUUUAAAGUUAGUUUGUAUGAGAUAAAUAUAAUAAUUUAUAAGUGCAAAAUAGUAAUCUGAUACAAUUAUGCUUUUACAAACUAUUUUAAGGUCUGAUCAUAUAGGCUACUAUUUAAAAAAAUUCUUAAGUGUUUAUUGAUUUGUUAUUUUAGAGCAUUUUAUCCAUAACUUACAAAAAUAUGUAUUUAUGUUAAAUAAGACGUGCAGUAAUAGCAGGGAUAGUACUGUCACAUAGAUAUUUUGUAUCACAUUUUGUAAUGUUUAAACACAUUUUUUUUCACAUUUGGUUUGUUUUUGUUUUGCUUACCAUUAAAAUUAUUUUGCAGUACAAAUAUAGUUUUUCAA